AUGUCCUCCAGCGAAGGUCCGAAAAGUGAAUUCAAGAUCGAAGGCACGGGACGCCAGCUGAAAAAGACGGAAGUUGACUUUAUGCGGCUGAUUGAGCAGCAGAAUCUGCAGCGUGUUCAAAAGCUACAGCGCCAGCGACGCAACAACAAACUCACCGGCAUCGCCCUCGGUGGUACGGUGCUCGGAAUUUAUCUUUACUCGAUGUUUUCCGUGAAGCAGGAGAAGUUCCUGGAUGAUUUUGAAGAACCAGUCAAGCUAGAGGUGGAAAACAAGGCACUGUAA